AUGGCGCUCGUCGGCGCCGGCGAGAAGUUGGACUCGCACAACCUGCGAGACUUUCUACGAAUCAAGGACGACGAUCGCCGAACCAAUACCUCAACCACCGUCGCAGGAGGCAGCCGCCACAGCUCUUCCAGCAUCACUUUACUCGCCAUCCUCAGCGAGAAGAGAUCUCCGGCGCCGGAACCAGUUCCUCCCACCGACGUGCCGCCGCUGCAGAGUGUUCAGUCGAACCAGACGCUGUUGGACAUAAUCCGAGAGGACCAGACCUCCGGCCCGAGAGACGGGCGGCGGAGCUGGCGGCAGCUGAGGGAAAAGAUCGGCCUCCGCGCCAGAGGCGGCUCCGUCCUUAUCGGAGGCAACCACCGGGAGAUGAUGGUGAUGACUCGUCGGCCUUCGACCCGGCUCGACCCGACCGAUUCAACACUGCCCGGUCCGAGUCCCGGACGCUCGAGCGAAAGAUUCGAGAAUUUGGGCUCACCAGAACGCCACAGGGCGGAGCCACCUGUGAGGAUGUCGUUGAUGGCCCUGCUGGCGGAGAACGAUCGGCAGAUGGGAUUGGAGAGUUCGGCGGGUGACGGCAGAGGGGAGGCGGAGGAGAGCGGAGCGGUAGCCGGCGGCGGAGGGCACAGCGGCUGCUGCGUGUGUAUGGUGAGGCAUAAAGGCGCGGCUUUUAUCCCCUGCGGCCAUACCUUUUGCAGGCUGUGUUCCCGGGAGCUUUGGGUGCAAAGGGGAAAUUGCCCACUCUGCAAUAAUUACAUAUUAGAGAUUCUUGAUAUCUUUUGA